CAGAACCGACAAAAGUGCAGUAGAGAGAGAAAAGUUGACCAACUUAAAUAUAUGAUCCAAAGAAAUUUAAUAAGUAAUGCUAUCAUCAAAUGAAGAAUGAAGACGAAAUUCUUUCAUCAACGAUAAUAUUACUUAGUAAAUUUCUUGUAUCACAAUCAAAACUUCUUUUCAUUUUAAUAGUGGGUAAGUUAGUUGUAAUAUUCAUAUGAUUACUUAAUUAAUGGCUUGAUUACAACACCAUAUACUGCUAAAUACUUCAGACAAGGAACCUCUUUUGCAGUUAUAAUGUAAUCUCAAAUCCAUAGACUUUCCUCCAGCAUUUAGUACACAUAUUCCCCUUUUGUGUUCACCUCAAUUGUAUCGCUUGUAAAGCAAAUGACCAAUCAAACUCUACUGAAAUUCCAAGAAAAAACUAGGGUAUUUUCAUUCAUCACAUUAACAAGAACCCCUUUUGUGUUCUAAGUCUAAUUCUUGUGUAUACAAAGAGAAUUUAAUUGUUAUACCCCAAAAAAAUCAAUGGGUUUUUCAUUCAUGUGGUAAACUCAAGACCCUUUUCUGUUCUAAGUCUAAUUCUGUGUAUACAAAGAGAAUUUAGUUUGUUAUACAAUUUGCAAAUGGCUAUGGAGACUUCAAAUCAAGUGGUUCGAAGGAGUCCAGUAAGGUAUCCUGAAGUUGAUUUGUCUGUUCUGAAAGAAGGAAGUACAUUAACGCCUGUAAAUGAUGUGAUUUAUGUUGCUGUUGGGAAAGAGUUGAAGGAGACUGAACCAGCUUUGACAUGGGCUUUAAACAAGUCUGGUGGAAGGAAAAUUUGCAUUCUUCAUGUUCAUACUCCUGCUCAAAAGAUACCUAUAAUGGGUUCAAAGUUUAACAUAGAUCAAUUGGAUGUGCAACAAGUCAGAGCGUACCAUGAGAAGGAAAGGCAAGACAUGCACAAGAUCCUGGAAAAAUAUAUUCAGAUCUGUGGACGAGCCGGGGUUCGAGCUGAUAAACUUGUCCUUGAAAUGGAUUCAAUUGAGAGGGGCAUAGUCGAGCUUAUAUCGCAGCAUUACAUAGGGAAGCUUGUUAUGGGAGCUGCGGCAAACAAGUGCUACUCAAAGAAAAUGACCGACCUUAAGUCGAAGAAAGCCAUCUAUGUGCGGUUACAAGCACCCACAUUCUGCUGCAUCUGGUUUUUAUGCAAAGGGAACCUCAUUUAUACAAGAGAAAGUAAGUCAAAGAGACUUAAUACAGACAGUGUGUCACCGUCAAUUCCAGCAAGUCCAGAUAACGAUAUUAUUCCAAGAUCAAGAUCUAUAACAGAAGGUUACACCGAGCAAGUAGAGCUCAGGGGCCGGUUUACAGAUUAUCGUAGAGUUGCUUCUGACAAUCACAGGAUAAUCUUCUCUGGAAUUUCCUCCGGUAGGAGUUUACAGGCUAGUUUCCCAAGCAUGAGUUCAGAUGGAAGUGCUGAUGGCAGGGAUGGAAUACCGCUAAGUCCCUUAGUGGCUUCACGUUUUUCAUCAAGUUCAUCUGUUGAAAUGGUUGGAAAUGAGACUGCAUUUGACUCAUCCGCUCUGCAAUAUAUCAAUUUUGAUCAUCAUCAGUCAUCUCGUCCAUGUAUACAGGUCGAGAGGGUGAAUGAUGAGCCAGCUGGAAGCAUGAACGAUGAAUUCUAUGAUAGACUUGAGCAAUAUGCUGCAGAGGCAGAAAAUGCAAGGCGAGAAGCUUUUGAAGAAUCAAUCAAGCGUAGGAAAUUUGAAAAUGAUGCAAUUGAGGCUAGACGAAGGGCAAAAGAAUCAGACACAUUCUAUGCUGAUGAGUUGAGACAGAGGAAACAAUUAGAGGAAGCAAUUGCAAAAGACAAGGAAAAAGCUGAUCAGAUGAAAUCACUGCUAAAAAAACUAAAGGAGGAUCUGCGGGUAGCCGAAGCACAGACAUCUUCACUGGAGGGUCAACUCUUAAAUUGUGACACUCAGGUGCAAGAGUUGGAACAGAAAAUGUUUUCUGCUGUCGACCUUCUGCAGAAGUACAGGAAGGAGAAAGAUGAAUUGAAGGUGGAGCGUGAUGAUGCACUCAAAUUAGCUGAGUCCCAGAGGGAACAGUACUCAGAUGUGUCCUCAUUUCCAUCUCCGUCUGUACUAUUUGCUGAAUUUUAUUUUCAUGAAAUCGAAGAAGCUACUCAGAACUUCGAUCCAGCCUUGAAGAUUGGAGAAGGUGGUUAUGGAAGCAUUUAUAGAGGCCUCCUUCGCCACACUCAAGUGGCAAUAAAGAUGCUGCACCCUCAUAGCUUGCAAGGGCCCUCAGAGUUCCAACAGGAGGUCAAUAUUUUAAGCAAGUUGAGGCAUCCAAAUAUUGUGACUCUUAUAGGAGCGUGUCCAGAAGCAUGGACUCUUGUAUAUGAGUAUCUUCCUAACGGAAGCCUAGAAGAUCGUCUUACCUGCAAAGGUAACACGCCCCCGUUGUCGUGGCAAACGAGAAUUCGUGUAGCAGCAGAGCUUUGCUGUGCUCUCAUCUUCCUCCAUUCGUGCACUGCUUGGGGCGUAAUUCAUGGUGAUCUAAAACCGUCAAAUAUUUUGCUUGAUGCGAAUUUUGUGAGCAAGCUUAGUGACUUUGGAAUUUGUCGAGUUAUCUCAGAAGAAGACUCUUCAGAAAAUAGUACUACACUUGGUUACAGAACUGACACUGACCCAAAAGGCACAUUUGCAUACAUGGACCCUGAAUUCCUCGAAAUAGGAGAGCUUACUCCAAAGUCUGAUGUCUAUUCAUUUGGGAUUAUAUUAUUAAGGCUGUUGACUGGAAGGUCUGCAUUGGGGAUAAAAAAUGAAAUCCAAUAUGCAUUGGAUAAAGGAAACUUGAAAAAUCUGUUGGAUCCAACUGCUGGAGACUGGCCAUUUGUGCAAGCCAAACAGUUAGCUCACUUAGCUAUGAGUUGUUGUGAGAAGAACAGUAGGUGCCGACCUGAACUUUCUUCAGAGGUGUGGAAGGUGCUUGAGCCAAUGAGAGCUUCAUGUGGGGCAUCAUCAUCUUUUAGAAUGGGUUCCAACGAGCAUUGUGACAUUCCAUCCUAUUUUAUUUGUCCAAUAUUUCAGGAAAUCAUGCAAGAUCCUGUAGUAGCGGCGGAUGGCUUCACAUAUGAAGCAGAAGCAUUAAGAGGAUGGUUGGACAGCGGACAUGAAACCUCGCCCAUGACAAACCUUACGCUGUCCAAUACGAAUCUUGUUCCUAAUCAUGCUCUCCGUUCUGCAAUUCAAGAGUGGCUGCAAGAGCCUUGACAAAAGUUCUCAAGCCUUGUGAAAUUGUCUAUAGAAGUCAUUACAUAUUCUUCUUUAUCUUGGGUUUCUCAUGGAUGCUUAACUUUAGUUUUAAUGUAAAGCAGUACUUCAAAAUUAUACUUCUAUACAGGUUUUUGGUACAUCUAUAGAUAGAAAUGGCAUAAACUGGUA